UAUGGUCCUCCGUCUCCGUUACCCUGGUGCCGAGGUCGCCGCGUCGCCGCCGCCGUCGCCGCCAGGGAGCUGCGGUCCCCGCCCCUACCCUGGCCGUGUGUUCAAACUUCCCGCACCAAGGCAACCUCGGCGCCCGCCCCUUAAUCUUCGCAGCAACCAGGCACCCACUCUUCGGCGGCUAGACGCGAGGCUCGGCGGGGAGUUUGGUCCGCGAAGAGAAGAUACCUAGAGAAACAAAGUGCAGACAUGAAUAUUAUCACCAGGAUCUGAAGACUCUAAACAUUGCUCUUCAGGCUUGUCAUGGAGUUUUUUGGAAAAAGGAAUCUGUGAAAUUAUGUGAAUAGAGACUAUUUUUCAAAACCAUGGGGGAAAGAGAAAGAAGUCCAGGUAAUGAUCAAGAAAGUAAGACAGGCAAACACCAUUACUCUUAUUGUUCAUCUGAUUUUGGAACUACCCCACAGUCUUCUGGCCGGUCAUCGCUGGUCAAUUCUUCUUCACCUACAAGUAUUAAGGGAAAAAAUCCUAAAAGACAAAUUUCAGAUGGCCAAGUGCAUCAUCAAGCCCCUAGGAAGCCAAGCCCUAAGGGUCCACCAAACAGAAAGGGAGUCCGAGUGGGAUUUCGCUCCCUGAGCCUCAAUAGGGAGCCACUUCGGAAAGAUACUGAUCUUGUUACAAAACGGGUUCUUUCUGCAAGACUGCUAAAAAUCAAUGAAUUGCAGAAUGAAGUAACUGAACUCCAGGUCAAGUUAGCUGAGCUGCUAAAAGAAAAUAAGGCUUUGAAAAGGCUUCAAUACAGACAGGAGAAAGCCCUGAAUAAGUUUGAAGAUACAGAAAAUGAAAUCUCACAACUUAUUGCUCGUCAUAACAAUGAGAUUACAGCACUCAAAGAACGCUUAAGAAAAUCUCAAGAGAAAGAACGGGCAACUGAGAAAAGGGUAAAAGAUACAGAAGGUGAACUAUUUAGGACAAAAUUUUCCUUACAGAAACUGAAAAAGAUCUCUGAAGCUAGACACCUACCUGAGCGAGAUGAUUUGGCAAAGAAACUAGUUUCAGCAGAGUUAAAAUUAGAUGACACCGAGAGAAGAAUUAAGGAACUAUCCAAAAACCUUGAGCUGAGUACUAACAGUUUCCAACGACAGUUGCUUGCUGAAAGGAAAAGGGCAUAUGAGGCUCAUGAUGAAAAUAAAGUCCUUCAAAAGGAGCUACAACAACUGUAUCACAAAUUAAAAGAAAAGGAGAGAGAACUGGAUAUAAAAAACAUAUAUUCUAAUCGGCUACCAAAGUCUUCUCCAAAGAAAGAAAAGGAACUUAGAUCAAGAAAAAAUGCUGCAUGCCAGAGUGAUUUUACAGACCAGUGUACAAAAGGAGUACAAACCAGUGAAGACGUGGAGCUGGAAGAAUUUCCUGUAACACCACAAACAGUUAUGUGUUAUGAAAACAAAUGGGAAGAACCUAAACGUCUUACUUUGGACCUGGAAUUGCAAGAGAGAGGUAAACAUGAAGAAGCAGGGAUUCUAAACCCAAUUGUGAAAAGAGAAGAAAAAUUUGUUAAAGAUCAAGGACUCCAUGUUGAAAAUCAGGAGGUUGAGAAGCUGGAAGAUGAAUGGGAAAAAGAAGAACUUGCUAAAAAGCAAAAAGACAAGAUAUCUUUGCUGGAGAGAGAAGAAAAGCCCGCAGUGGAAACUGGAAGAAACCAAAUGGAAAUGUACCAAAUUCAAAAUGUUGAUAAAUUGGAAGAGGAGGAAGAAGAAAGGCUGAAGAGAGAAAUGCUACUUGCUAAACUGAAUGAGAUCGACAGAGAACUCCAAGAUUCUCGGAAUAUAAAAUGCCCUCCUUUGCCACUGCUACCUGAUUCAGAAUCAAAACUGCGUUCCCCAGGGAGAAGCCCCAAAACAUACAUGUUCUCUGAAUCCUCAGAGAGAGUAUCUAAUGGGCAUCAUCUGCAAGAAAUCAGCCUUUUCACUACAAAAGGAGAUGGUCAGAAUCCAGGAAAUAUUAGAAGCCCAGCCUCCCCAAAUGAGCUUGCAUUUGGCAGCUAUGUGCCUUCAUUUGCAAAAACAUCAGGGAAGUCAAAUCCAUUUAGCCAAAAGAGUGGCCUUGUGGAUAUCCAAAGAAACAGUAUAGAGAAACAUAGUAAAGACAGUGUAGAUUUAAUUACAAGAAGAGAGAAAAAAGCUAAUCUGAUGGAACAGCUGUUUGGUGCCAGUGGCAGCAACACCAUUUCCUCUAAAAGCAGUGACCCAAAUUCUCGGGCUGCCAGCAAAGGAGACUUGGACCCUCUAAAUUUUCUCCCAGGGGAUAAGAGCAGCAGGGAUAGAGAACAUGAUGAAGAUGAUGACUUUUUCCUCAGUGAAGGAAGAAGUUUUAAUCCAAAUAGACACCGAUUAAAACAUGCAAACAGUAAACCAGCAGUAAAAGCAGUGGAAUCUGUAGAAGAUGAAAUUGAAGAAGUAGCCCUGAGAUGACUGACUACAGUAUACAUUUUUCCAAUUGUAAAUAUUAAAAUAUUUUAAUACAAUAUUUAUUAUAAACCUUUAGAAUUUUUAAUAUUAAAAAGUCCUUAUUAAGGAAUGAUUUUUAAUAGACAAAUACAGUGUAAAUGAAAAGAAGUAGAUCAUAUCUCACCACAUAGCUAGAUUGCCAAGAAUGAAGGAGACUUUUGAAUGGACCCAAAAACAGAGAUGUAUUUUGCUUGGUUUUGGCUUUUUAUUUAUAAAUAGGUUUUACCUCUUAAUCAGCUCUAUAGGAAGUUUUACUCCAUUGGAGUUCAUAUUUAUUUCCUAUUUUUAUCCCUAUUUAUUUACUUAUUUUUGGUCAUGUACUCACUGAAGUAAAUAUAGUCUUGUCAAGUGGAAAUUGAAGGUGGGAGGCUCUGGGUUGGGAAGAUAGCUCCCAGGUGGUGGAGCACUGGUGCUACUUAGGAGCCCUGUCCUCUGUGGACAGGGGUCCCUUUCUCACAUAGCAUAGUUGAGCUACUCUUAAGUGGAAGCUGUGACAACAUAGGGAUUUCCCACUUAAGAGAUGCAUUAAAUCGCUUACCUACAACUCUAACAUAUUAGGUUGAGAUCAGAAGACAUUUGUCUGUUUGCUUGGAUAAUUCCUCUGUCAUGGCUCCUGGAGGCUUGGGUAUAGUGGUAAUCAGUAAUUCUUUUCCUCCUCCUCUUACACUCUGUAUCUCAGUGACUGGGUAUGAGAUUUCAUCCUAAUAUAGAAAGAUUUUUCAACUCAGUUAUGUUUCCAGAGUAAUCUAACUUGGAAAUUUUUAAUAUAUAUUUUUAAGGUUUGAACUUGCUGUCAAAACCAAUGAUAAUGAUCGUGGAAUACUGUUGGGCUUAUAGGAUUAAUUUUAAGGCAACCAUUGGUUAAAAAUGUUUUAGAGACGGGGCUUCUGCCUUGCUGAGUAGGGUGGAUAUUUUUCUGUUGAAAUGUGUUGGUCUUCUGCUGUUUGUAGCUUACUUCAGCUGCAAAGGAGUUGAUGACCUUGGAUUAUGUUGGGUAUGAUUGGUCUUUAAGAAGUGAUAAUAUACCACCAACCGAGGAGAAAACACUAUUAAAAUGAAGAGUGGGAGAAACAGUGUGUCAGGGAAGGCAUAAAAAAAUGUAGAUUGACACUUAAUUCUAAAGUGAGCUUCCCCCCCACCCCCGGAAUUUAGUAUGUAUUCACUAAUAGUAUGAUUUCUGAUGCCAAGCAUAUAUACUGAUGAGGGGACCUGAGUUACUGUUUUAUCUUGAGUUCUUAAUGCUUGUUAUUGAAUAUAAUUUCAUAACUAUUUGGCAAGACUUACCUGGAUAGGUCUCUAAUGAAAAGAUAUUCUAUCUAUUAUCUUCUAAAUUGCGUUACUGUCAUUAUUGGGAACUGAGUCUCCCAAAAGUGCUAAACUACAUUAAAAAAUUGUUUUAGCAAAGAGAUUUUUAUGUCUGAUAUAAAUAAGCUUUUAGUAUGUCGCAAAUCAUUCUAAUAUAUGUAAGCCACAAUAUUGUAAUGCAGUUCUUGGUAAAAUAUUAUGUAAUGUUAAUUUUGUUCAUAGUUGCUAAUUUUUCUGCCAAAAGUAUUCUAAUUUUUAGAUUGUUUUGUUUUAAGAGGCUUUUUUAAAAGCCUUUUAGUAAAAGUUUUAUAUUCAGGUCAUUUAAUUAGUCUCUUGCUUUUUUCCUACAUAAUGUUUCUAGUCUCUUUCACCAGAUAUAGUAAGACAGAAUUAUUAAAAUUAAACCUAAAAUUAAGUUAUAGACUUAGAAGCAUUAUGGUGUUAGGCAUUAAAAUUUAGAUUAAAGUGAACAGAACAGGUUUUUCUUUAUGAACAAACCUCAGAGAGUAAAUCAUUUUUUUUCUAAAUGUCAAGUUAAAUUUGUUAUUUGUACUAAGAACUCUUAACUAAUAAAAGCUAAAAACACACUACGGCUCUUUGUUUGAAUGAUACCUUAGGUCAUUUAGGAAAUUCAUGGUAGAAACAGGACCUGCAGAGUUAAUUUUUAUUUCAUUCUUUUUUUUUCCUGUCCAGUAUUUUUAAUUGAAGUAGAUGAAUUUGCCCUAAAUCAGGUUAGAUAGUAUGCUAGUCUUAUCAGAUAAUUAUAGUUUUAAUUAAUCCUUUCACCCUUAAUAGCUAUCCUAAUAGCAUAUAUUGCUCAUAAUAUAAAAAAGGUGGGGGUAAGGAGGAUUAAAUUGAAUCAUAAAAUAAACUUAUUUCAUGGCU